AUGCUGCUAGGUGAAUCAUCCUUACAAUAUCCAAAAUUAAAAGGAAAAAUUAAUAAAAUAAAUUUUAAAAUUAAUUAUUUAUUUUUAAGAGUCGGUACUGGUGAUGAUAAUGCUGGUUCAAUAACUUUUGGUUCAGAAAAUGUUAAAAACUGUAAACCAAAAUAUAGCUAUGUUCCUUUAGCAGAACGUUCAAAUUGGGUUAUUGGAGUCCAAUCAAUUAACGUUAAUGGACAACCUUCAUUAAAUCCUUUAGGCCCAACAAAAUUAAAAAUUACAAAUUCCGGUCUUUACAUGUAUGGACCAAAAAAGCAAUUAGACAUUUUGGCAAAACAAUUAGGAUUUAAUAUUCCAAAAGAUUCUGGAACUUUUUACACAAAAGGAUCGUGUAAUGGAAUGGAAAAAAUGCCAAAUAUAAAUAUUAAUGUUGGAGAUAAUAAAAAACAGGCACAAAUUAUUUUGAAACCAAAACAAUAUAUGGAAGUGUCCCCAAUAGGAGAAUGCCGUUUUCUGUUUAUGACAAGUGAAGGUUAUUCCCCUUCUGAAGACAACAAUUAUUGGAGUAUGGGAGCUCAAUUUUUAUUAGGGCGUUGUGUUGCCGUUAAUUGGGUUGAUGGAACUAUGGGAUUUUCUGAUGCUAAUUAA